AGCCGCCACAGCGCUGUUCCCCACGUACGCCGUCGAUUCCAACACCCCUGACGCCACCGCCGCCAACGAUAUGACGAUAGUCGACGACGUGUUCGCCGACCCCGGCGACGAUGUCUUCGCGACCGCCGUCGACCGAUCUUCCACCACGCCAGACUCUACCACCACCGGCAAUGUCGAGGCUGCUCUUCCAUCGGCAAUUGUCGCUGCCUCCAAUAGGACGGACAGGGUGCUCAACUUCUUUCCGGUGCCCGUAGACGACGAGUGCCUCUCGGACGACGGACGCCGCUCAGGGGUGUGCCUCAACACGUACGAAUGCCGCAUCCAGGGUGGCUCUUCCCACGGCCCUUGUGCUCUCGGUUUCGGCGUCUGCUGUGUCUUCACGGCGACUUGCGGCCAGGAGAUUUUCAACAACGUGACGUACUUCGUGAACCCGCACUUCCCAGGCCUGUCGUCGUCUUCUUCCACGUGUACGAUCACCAUCAAGAAGGUGGUACCCAACGUCAGUCAGCUGCGGCUCGACUUCGUACACUUCAGCAUGGGCCAGCCAAACCGGCGCACUGGCGUGUGUGACUCCGACGUGUUCCUCAUGUCUGCAGGACCAGCGAGGCAGCUCACGCUAUGCGGCCAGAACAGUGGACAACACAUGUACUUUGACGUGGACAGCGUGAGAGACCCAAUCAGCAUUACUAUGAAUUUGAGCAGAAGCGACCUGAGCCGAAUAUGGGAAAUUAAGGUGUCCCAGAUUGUUUUCAACCAGAGGGCUCCAGCUGGAUGUUUGCAGUACCACCAGGGAGAAACUGGUAUUAUACGAACAAUGAACUUUGCUGACAAUGGAAGACAUUUAGCCAAUCAGGAUUACCUGAUUUGUGUCAGGCAGGAAUCAGGUAUGUGCUCCAUAGCCUAUGAGCCAUGUGAUGAGAACUCAUUCAGGAUUGGGCCACCAGAAAACCAGGCAGAUGAAGGCUCUGGAGGUGGGGAUACAAGAGAAUGUGAUGAUCGCAUUGUGAUGCCAUGUGAUUCAGAAGACUUCAUUAUGCCAAAACAAAAUGGUGGAGGAAUGGGUGGAGUGUGUGACUUACUUCAUUGUGGCAGCUCCUUCUGCAGCCCUGGGGAGGUGCCAUGCAGAGUAGAGAGUAGCACAACACCAUUCAACAUCCGUGUGCAGUUUGGUCCUGGAAAAGAGAAUGAGUCCCCCGAUGACAACAUUGGGAUGUGCCUGAGAUAUGAGCAGCUUCCUUGUACGUCAUAAUCCAUAUGGCACUUGCUAGUCAGCUUUGUGUACACAAUACAACUGUUUGUUUCAGGUUCCAGACAGUGUGUUAUAUGGAUCAUCAGUGUCCAUCCAUCAGAGGAAUUUCCGUAACUUUUGUAGGAUAAUUUUUAAAGCACUACUCACUUGUUUUGACUACUAGUAAGUUAUUCCUGAAAUUUGUAAUAUGCUGAGGAUGCUGUGUAAUAGGGAAAGGUGAAACCUAUUGAACACUCAUACUGUUUUGUUGCUUUUAAUGUA